CUGGCAUAAACCACCAUGGUGAAGCCCCGCCAUUUACUGUCCACGUUCUUUCUGUCGACACUGCUGGUCGCUUAUUGCGCCGCCGCCGCGGAUGCCGGAAAUGCCGAGGCAGAGGAAGAAGAGGAAAAUAAGGCCGAGGGUCCGGUGACGUAUGACGCAAGGUCCAUCAUCGUCAAUGGUAAAAGAGUGCUUCUAUUUUCGGGAGCUAUUCAUUACCCCCGGAGCACCCCGGACAUGUGGCCUGACCUGAUUCAGAAGGCUAAGCGUGGAGGCAUCAACACGAUCGAGACGUACGUAUUCUGGAACGGACAUGAACCGGUUCAGGGUCAGUUCAACUUUGAGGGACAGUAUGACUUGGUGAAGUUCAUCAAGUUGAUUCAUCAACAUAAUAUGUAUGCAGUCCUUAGGUUGGGACCCUUUGUCCAGGCUGAAUGGAACAACGGAGGAUUACCAUAUUGGCUAAGAGAAGUCCCGAACAUUAUAUUUCGAUCUGACAACGAACCGUACAAGGAACACAUGCAAAAGUUCAUCACCCUGAUUGUCAAGAAGAUGAAGGAGGAGAAGUUGUUUGCUCCACAAGGAGGGCCUAUUAUUUUAACACAGAUCGAGAACGAAUACAACACGAUUCAGCUAGCAUACAGAGAAAAGGGCGAAACCUACAUUAAGUGGGCCGCGAAAACGGCACUCGGUUUGGAUGUCGACGUUCCAUGGAUCAUGUGCAAGCAGAUGGAUGCCCCAGAUCCCAUUAUCAAUACAUGCAAUGGAAGGCACUGUGGAGAUACUUUCCCUGGUCCGAAUAAGCCGAACAAGCCCGCAUUGUGGACCGAGAACUGGACUGCACAGUUCCGAGUAUUCGGGGAUCCACCAUCCCAAAGAUCAGCUGAAGAUUUGGCAUACUCAGUCGCUCGCUUCUUCUCUAAAAAUGGAAGCAUGGUUAAUUACUAUAUGUACUAUGGUGGCACAAACUAUGGCAGAACGAGCUCUUCGUUUACAUCGACUCGAUACUAUGAUGAAGCCCCUCUUGAUGAAUAUGGUCUUUUGAGGGAACCAAAGUGGGGUCAUCUAAAGGAUGUUCACAAGGCCUUGAAUUUGUGCAAGAGGGCUCUGCUUUGGGGGGUUCCUACUGUUGAAAAGUUGGGUGCACAACUAGAGGCUAUAGUGUGGCAGCAACCUGGAGCUCAGGCGUGUGCAGCUUUCUUGGCCAACAACGACACUAAGCAGACACAAACAAUGAAUUUCAAGGGCCAGCAAUAUCGGUUGCCGCCUCGUUCCAUUAGUAUCCUCCCCGAUUGCAAGACCGUGGUGUUCAACACUAACCAGAUCACAACUCAACAUAACAGUAGAAACUUCGUAAUAUCGGAAAUUGCGAACAAGAACUUUAACUGGGAGAUGUACAGGGAAGUCCCUCCUACUGAAACUGCAAUGCAGUCCCCGGGACCAAAGGAGCAUUGGAUUUUGAGCAAAGAUACAACCGACUACGUAUGGUUCACGGCUAAACUCGACUUGGAAGCACGUGACUUGCCGUUGAAUAAACAAGUCCUCCCGACUUUACGAGUCGCAAGUGAGGGCCAUGGAAUCCAUGCCUUUGUCAAUGGUGAAUACAUUGGCACAGACCACGGAAGCAAAGUGGAGAAGAAUUUUGUUUUCCAGAAACCUGCACCUUUCAAGGAAGGGACUAACCAUGUUGCGAUCUUGAGUUUCGUGGUCGGACUUCCUGAUAGCGGAGCCUACAUGGAACGCAGAUACGCCGGUCCACGUUCGAUCACCAUCCUCGGUCUCAACACCGGUACACUCGAUUUAACCGAAAACGGUUGGAGCCAUCAGGUCGGAGUUAGCGGAGAAAAGAAGAAGAUAUAUACAGAAGAAGGCUCCAAGUCUGUCACGUGGACCAAGCCUGACCAAGGAGGAGCUAUUACAUGGUACAAGGGACAUUUCGAUGCACCAGAAGGAAACAAUCCGGUUGCCAUUACAAUGACUGGUAUGGGGAAAGGUUUUGUGUGGAUCAAUGGCAACAAUAUUGGCAGAUAUUGGAUGUCUUAUCUCUCUCCUCUAAAAGAGCCCUCUCAAUCUGAGUACCAUAUCCCACGAUCAUUUAUAAAGCCAAAGGACAACCUGAUUGUUAUCUUCGAGGAAGAACAAGGUAGCCCUAAAGAAGUCUACAUAUCAACAGCUAACAGGGACUUAACAUGCAGUGUCGUGUCCGAACUCCACCCGCCGUCACCGAGGUUGUUCGAGAACAAAGGCGGCGUCAUCCGACCACUGGUGAAUGACUUGAAACCGAAGGCUGAGCUGAAAUGUCCGGACCAGAAGGUGAUCUCGGUAGUCGAGUUCGCCAGCUUCGGUGACCCUUUCGGAAGCUGCGCAGCCUUCGUUCAAGGAAACUGCACCGCUCCGGCGACGAAGCAAGUUGUCGAGAAGCUCUGCAUGGGGAAACCAACGUGCAAAAUCCCGGUGGAUGCUGCGGAAUUCGGUAACAUGAGCGGUGCAUGUCCGCCUAAUACACCCAAGAUUUUGGCCGUUCAAGUGAUUUGUGGUAAAUAAAAGGCUAGACAGAGUAUGGCGAGAGGGCUUGAAUGGAAAAGAUUGAGAAUUUUUUCCCCAUUUUUCUUGAGCUAGGAUCAGCCAAUGUUAG